CUUCUCUUAUGUCUCCUGCUUUGGCAGACAGGUUCUUUACCACUAGCGCCACCUGGGAAGCCCAUAUGAUACUGCAUCAAAGAACAAAAGGACAAUUCAGGUGAUCUUAUUUUAAUAUGGAUGUUUGGAUGAACUUUAACUUAGUUUUAAAUUCAGGCAAAACAAUCUGCGUAUGUAGACUCAGCCUCCAUCUCAUGUUUUCAUGAUUUAAAGCUUCCUAGUGGACGUCAAGUGAUAUUUCGUCACUAAGAACCAGUGCAGCCCUGUCCUUUGGGUCUUUUCCCGUAAAUGAAUUGUUCAUGUGGACCAAGUGUGAAUGGCUUUUGAGGAUAUUAUCAAGGAUGUGAUCAGUCAAAUGUGAAAACUCAAAUGCAUUUGGAAUUGUUUGGAGCUUUUUCGAGAUACAGUAAAGGUGUUUGUUUGUUGGAGGAUUUGCUUUAUUUUCCUAGCCAAGAGGUCCAUUGACUUGCAAAUAACGUGUAUGAAUCUCUUGUGUUUUCUUCCAGGGUCUUUCUUUCCUGAUUUCAGGCCCUCAGAAACCGUUUUUAAAAUAGCAUUUUGGCUCGGUUACCUAAACAGCUGCAUCAACCCCAUUAUAUACCCAUGCUCCAGUCAAGAGUUUAAAAAGGCCUUUCAGAAUGUCUUGAGAUUCCAGUGUCUGCAACGAAAGCAGUCCUCCAAACAUACCCUGGGCUACACGCUGCAUGCACCCAGCCACACCCUGGAGGGACAGCACAAAGACCUGGUUCGCAUUCCAGUGGGAUCUGCAGAGACCUUCUAUAAGAUCUCCAAGACGGAUGGGGUCUGUGAAUGGAAAAUUUUCUCUUCCCUACCCCGCGGAUCUGCCAGGAUGGCAGUGGCCAGAGACCCAUCAGCCUGCACCACUGCCCGGGUGAGAAGUAAAAGCUUUUUGCAAGUGUGCUGUUGCCUGGGGCCCUCGACCCCCAGUCGUGGAGAGAAUCAUCAGAUUCCGACCAUUAAGAUCCACACCAUCUCCCUCAGCGAAAAUGGGGAGGAAGUCUAAUGAACAGGAAAGGUCAGAAGGAUGGGAGGGUGAUCCUAGGCAACCGCUCUCCACUUCCUUCUGGAAGGCCAGCUCACGUUCCGUGGAUGCUGAGAGACAGCCAGUAAACCAGGGACCAUCUGGGAAUGGGCUGGGGAGGAAGCUGACUCUGGGGCAGAGGUAGGGCUUAGAGACAAGGGAGGAUGUCAUACCGCCAUCCAGCUCACUAUGAUGGGAAACAGCAUUUCCUUGAGGCUAAUGCUUUCUGGGUCAUUCUCUGAGCCUGCUUUCUAUGCCUGCCCCUUUCAAUGACAAACACCAUGGGAAACAGAAUUUCAUACACAAUCCAAAAGAUGAUAAAUAUAGGAUUAUGAUUUCAUCAUGAAUAUUUUGAGCAUGCACUCUAAGUUUGGAGCUAUUUCUUGAUGGAGUGAGGGGAUUUUAUUUCCAGGCUAAACUUGUGAAAGCCACAUUGGAUUUUUAUGGGGAGAAGGCCUGGAGAGGAAGAGCCUUAAGAUGGUGGCCAAUAUCCAGACGCAUUAUUUUUAGAGCAAGUUUUACAGUCCACCCUUUCUCAGCUUGGGUGAAACUUGACAGUGAGAUUUUAUUUACCUUUUGCUGCUGCUUGACAGGAUACUGCUCCCAAUUCCCUAAGGGUGAGGGUGAGGGACACUUAUUAUGUCAAUGGUGGUCUGCACUUGGGUCUAGAGAGUGUUGAAAAAACCAGUUGGGAAAAGGAUGGCUUUUCCUAAUGGAAGACAGUAAGGAUGAGAGUCAGUUCUUCAACUGACAAUUCUAUGGACAGAAUUCCAUUAAGUGGUUCCAAGAUCAGGUGGAGGAAGACUUCUUGUUUAGCAUAUUUAAAGAUCAAGAGUUUGGGGUGGGCUGGGUGCUACUUUCAAGCUAAGUCAGAGGCUGCAAAACUACUCCACAGCCUUUUCAACAAGGCCUAGAAAGGCUUUUCUUGGCAAAUCACUUAUCUUUUCCAGAAUUCCAUUAUGAAAAUCCAGGGCAUAUAAUACGUUGAAUGGCAUAUCACCACUGCCAUUUUUUCUCAGCUGCUUCACUACUAAAUGACGAGUGAGGUCCCCAGGACACACGGAACAAGCCAGAAUAAGCCUGAUGAUUCAAGUACCUCCUUCCUGAGCUCUGAAAGAUACACGUAGGAAGAUGCUCUCUGGUCACUUUAAGCCCAUCAAAAGCAGAAGUUUGCAAAUUGUUUUUGACAGAAGCCUAUUUAUGCUGAGAAAAGAUCCAGUCACCCAUUUAUUGAACCUAUUUCCACUUUUUACAAGAACUUGGUGGGGGGGAGGGAGUGAUUUUUUGCUCUCUGUAUAUCAAAGUUUGGUAAACCUCAAGAAUUCAAUAUAUUACAAAGAUACAGAUGGUGACUAUCUGUAAGAACUAAAAUAUUUUCACAUUCCACAAUAGGAAUUUAAAAGAAGAUUUAUGUUUUUGAAAUAAUGCUUGACUAGAAUCACUGGUCUAUAACUUCUAACCAUUUCUAUGGUCUAUUUCCCCUAUUUGGGAUAAUUCCCUCUAAGAAUUUAAAAACAGAUUAUUGCCAUUUUUACUUUUUCAUUUAUUUAUUUAUUUAUUUAUUUUUACCACCUCA